AUGAAGUCAUUUUUUUUUAAAUUAUUGUAUGGUACGAAUUAUUUUUACGGCUUUUUUUUGCAAAGUCACACCGACGAGGAUCAUUAUCUAUGGGAGAUUUUUGAUCUUUAUCUCGUUUAUCCUUUUUUCUUUUACUUUCUUUUUUUUUCCUUCUUUUUUCUUAUUUUCUUUCUUUCGUUUUUGGUCCUUAUCUCUUUCAUCUUUUUUUUUUACUUUUACUUUCUUUCUUUUUUCGUUUUGAUUUUUUUCUUCUGCUUCUUUCUCUCCUUUUUAUUUCUUUUUUUUUAUUCCUUCUUCCUUCGCAAUUUCUCAUUUUAUUUUUAUUUUAGCUUUUUAUAUUUUUAUUUACCUUUUUCUUUUCAUUUUCUUUCUUAUUUCAUAUAUGAACCGAAAAAUUCUGUGAUAAAAAUUACGAACGACUUCAAUUGUCUUAAAAUCUCUUCUUGUUUCGAUAUUCUAUCUUCCUGUCUGUCUUUCUCUCCCCAUCUAUCUGUUUAUCUCUAUGCCUCUCUCUCUCUCUCUCUCUCUCUCUCUCUCUCUCUCUAUCUAUCUAUCAGUUUAGUUCUAUCUAUCUAUCUAUCUAUCUAUCUAUCUAUCUAUCUAUGUUUCUCUCUAUAUAUAUCUCUCUCUAUCUGUUUAUAUCUAUCUAUCUGUCUCUCUAUCUAUCUAUUUAUUUAUUUCUAUGUUUCUCUCGCUCUAUCUAUCUAUCUAUCUAUCUCUUCUUUUUAUUUCACGUCCCAAUUUCCAUCGCCUCCGAUAUAA